AUGGGAGGCUCACAAGGCGCCUUGAGCAGGGCGUUCGCCAACGCUUCCGCCUUCAUCUACGGCUGGACGCCCGUGAUCCUACUCGCAAGCUACAGCGUCUUCAGCUUCUUCUUCUACAUUGUCAUCCCGUCCAAGCUGCAGGAGAUUCUCUUCUACCUCUACCUCGCUCUCCAGACCCUCACGGCGCUCUCCGUCUCCACCGAAGCGAUGCAGUCGAUCCGACCUUCAGUGAAGGCGAGACGAGCGUUCCGCAAAGCAGCCAAGGAAGGAUGGGGCGAGACCGACAACGGCAAGCCUUGGCCACGCAUCGACGUCGUCCUCGUCGCCUACCUUCCCAACGAGAAGGACAUCAUCAUGCGACAGCUCCGCUACGCACUCAGGGAGAUCAAUUACCCCGCCGACAAGCUCAUGAUCAACUUGGUCUACAACACGCCCAAGCCCAUCGAGCCCAUCGAGACCGAGCUGAGGGAGCUCGAGAGCGCCCACGCCAGGCUACGCAUCAUCAAGGUGCCCAACUCGACCUCCAAGGCCGAUAACAUCAACCACUACCUUUCGUUGGACUCCAAGUGCGACCUCAUCAGCCUGUACGACACGGACCACUACCCUGAUCCCAACGCCCUACGAUGGGUCGCUAGGAGGUUCUUGCAAGGUGGUAUUGACAUCAUCCAGGGUCGAUGCUGCGUGUACAACUACGACGAGACCUUGACCACCAGGCUGGUGGCGGCCGAAUUCGACAUGAUUUACGGCGUUAUGCACAGUGGGCGAGCUGAAGUGCAAGGAUACGGCUUCUUUGGCGGUUCCAAUGGUCAUUGGAACGCAUCGCUUCUCCGAACUUUGGGCAUGCAGAAGCACAUGCUCACCGAGGACAUCGACAGCUCCAUGAGGGCCAUCAUCUCGGGUGCACGCAUCGAGUAUGAUCUCAAGGUGCUCUCCUACGAGCUCGCACCGGAGACCAUACCGGCACUGCUCAAACAGCGCAUGCGAUGGUCGCAGGGUUGGACGCAGGUCGCCUUCCGACAUGCACUUCCCUCUGUGCGCCGUGGAGCCUAUUCUGACGACAACGGCUGGCGCUCCCGCAUCGGUCUCUUCCAGCUGCUCGUCUACCGAGAGCUCUACUUCUACAUCAACACGCAGCUCCUCUUCAUCCUCGUCUCGUCGCUCAUCCUCAGCUUCCCCCACGAGGGCCUGCGAGCGUGGUUCGACAACUUUGGCGGCUUCCAAUUGUCCAUGUGGGCGCUGGCGGUCAACCUGAUCUGCCUAGCGGUGACCAUCUGCAUCACCCUCAAGAACAGGUCCAACUUCACACAUCCCUCCGGCAUCAUCCUGUUCGGUCUGCUGGCCCCCUUCUACUACAGCGGCGUCAGCUUCAUGUCCAUCUUCUGCCAUUUUAGGGAGUUCAUCAAGUUCGAGAAGUGGAACCCCACGGCGAGGUCAAAUAAGAAGUAG